AUGUAUGACACAGAGGAGCGGUCCAUGGAUCACACUCCCAUGCUUCCGGCCUUUUGCUUGGUGGCACCGGUGGGGUGGGAGCUGGACGCGGAUAUUGAGCAGGCAUUACGCACAGAGCCCACUCCUCCCCCAGUGUCCAGCUGGGCGUCUAUCCAGAUCGAGGCUCUUGCAGUUGACGAAUGGUUUAUGUGCUCAGAGGAGACCUGGGACGCCACUCAUGUGCACCUGCAACGGGACAUGAGGCGUCAGAGGCCAGUGGUGGUUGUUCCCAUCCAGGAGUCUGAGGUGCGGAGGUUCCUCCGCCCCUUCUGGACAUCGAGGUGCCCCGGCUUAGUCACUUGCAACUGUAAACCAGGCUUUGUCGGCAACGGCAUCACCUGCUACGACCUCAAGCUCUGCGCUGGCGGCUCCUGCUGUCAUCAAGAACACCCCGGAUCCUUCAACUGCUUGGUGCCUCCUGAAGACGACCUCCACUCCAGUCCUGGUGACUCCCGUUCAGUGCAGUUUCAGUGCGGGGGGAGACGGUGUCCAGUGGGAGAGGACUGUAUCAGUGUUGGUGGAACGUCCCUCUGUGCAGACCCCUGCCUGCACUACACUGUACUGAAUGAUGCCUGGCGUUCCACCACCAACAACGGCAACGUUAAUGGCGAGCAUUGCGACCAGAGCAUCAACUGGCAGGGCUGGUAUCGCCUGUUCCUUGGGGACACCAGUGUUCAGAUGCCAGAGAGGUGUGUGGAAAGGUACAUGUGUGGAACCGCUGCCCCCAUGUGGCUCACAGAACCUCAUCCCCAGCUGUUAGAUGGGGUGGUUCAGAGGGGUGUCUGUGGACACUGGUUCUCAGAAUGCUGCCGUUUUAGAGAAAAUCCCAUCCAUGUUAAAGCCUGCUAUGGAAAUUACUAUGUCUACAAGUUUGUCCCUCCAACACAAUGCAACUUGGCCUACUGUGCAGAUGUCAACACCAAGGUGUGUUCUACAUGUGGAGUAUUUGACGCCUGUGUGAGUGAUGAUAAGAUCAACUGGAGGUGUGAGAGGAAAGCUCUGGAGCUGGUCUGUGGGCCUAACUUCAUACAGGUGGGUCUUCAGAUGGUUAACCUGGAGGCCGGACGCCUGGAUCCUUCCUCUGGUCACCUGGCCGACCCCAGUUGCUCCGCCCACCAGGAGGCUAACGGCACGGUGUGGUACCAGGUGGAGCGAAGGGAGGGACGCUGUGGAAACACUCUGGAGACCAACAGCACCCAUGCUGUCUACUCCAACAGCUUAUUUGUUUACCCAUUAAAUGCAAGAAACGAGUCUCUCUCCCAACCCCUGAGCAUUCCAUUCUCCUGUGCCUAUCCCCUGGAGACAGAGAGCAGCCUGGAUGUGGCCAUCAAACCCUACCUGCUGACGGAGGGUGGAGUUUCAGGUUUAGGUGCCAAGGCCGAAUCCUUCAUGUCUCUGUAUCGAAACGCCAACUUCACAGAGGCGUACCCACCUGGAGAAGUCCUCCUGCCAGUGGGCUCUGCCUUGCACGUGGGCGUGUCUGUGGACGAGACAUACGACCAGUUAGUGGUGGUGCUGGAGAAUUGCUACGCGACUCACACCCCAACUUUGAUGAUCUUAUGCGAUACGUCCUUAUUCAGAACAGGUGCCCUAGCGACCAUCAUCAGGUGAGGGUGGAGGAGAGCGGCUCGUCUCUCAGGGCUCGCUUCUCUGCUCUGCUGUUCCUGUACCAGGGGGACUACCGGGAUGUCUUCCUGCACUGCAGACUCAGCCUGUGUGACCAGAGGAGCUCCUCCUGCACUCCGAACUGUGGUAGAAGAAUAUCCCGCUCUGUCUCCACCUCGGCCUCCCAAAAGCCCCUUACCAUCGGACCAAUCACCUGGACCAAAGGGCCAGAGUGAACCAAACAGCACUGCAAUGGGACAGCAGAGAGCUUCUGUAUCUUAAUGAUUAUUAGAUAAUAAAGUGAAACUUUACUAUUA